AUGGAGUCCUGCUUCAGAUCUUCAUCGAAAGUCACGGCUUCAACCAUUUUGCUGUUUUUCUUGUGUUCUUGCUUCAAAUUUACUUCAACAGAUGCCUAUGAUGCACUCGAUCCCAACGGAAACAUCACGGUUAAGUGGGAUAUAAUCAAUUGGACCCCUGAUGGUUAUGUUGCCGUUGUGACCAUAUUCAACUUUCAACAUUACCGUCACAUUCAAGCUCCCGGUUGGACUCUCGGUUGGAAUUGGGCCAAAAAGGAGGUCAUUUGGGGCAUGAAGGGCGGUCAAACCACCGAACAAGGAGAUUGCUCAAGAUUCAAACAAAAUAUCCCACAUUGCUGUAAGGAAGAUCCAAUGGUCGUGGAUCUUUUGCCCGGAACUCCUUACGAUCAACAGGUCGCAAAUUGCUGCAAAGGAGGCGUGAUCGGUUCGUGGGCCCAAGAUCCCGCCAACUCAGCCAGCUCGUUCCAGCUCAGCGUUGGUGAUGCCGGGUCCUCGACUAAAACAGUUAGUUUGCCGAAGAAUUUCACCAUGAGAGUCCCGGGGCCCGGGUACACUUGUGGGCCCGCGAAAAUCGUGAAACCUUCCAAGUUCGUUUCGUUAGAUGGGAGACGAGCUGCACAGGCCAUGAUGACAUGGAAUGUUACGUGUACGUAUUCUCAGUUUUUGGCUCAAAAAGCCCCGACUUGCUGUGUUUCACUCUCGUCUUUCUAUAACGACACAAUUGUCCCUUGUCCGACAUGUGCUUGCGGAUGCCGAAAUUCCUCUGCUCAGCAUGAAAGCUGUGUGAAUCCAGAUUCUCCACAAAUUGCACGUCUAGUCCAGUGCACGUCUCACAUGUGCCCAAUUCGUGUUCAUUGGCACGUGAAGCUAAGCUACAAGGAAUAUUGGCGGGUGAAAGUCACCGUAACAAACUUCAACUACGGAACGAAUUAUACGCAGUGGAACUUAGUCGUUCAACACCCAAACUUUGAUAAUCUUACACAGAUAUUCAGCUUCAACUACAAGCCGCUAACUCCAUACCAAACCAUAAACGAUACUGCAUUGUUGUGGGGUGUGAAAUUCUACAAUGACUUGCUCAUGGAAGCUGGCCCUUUUGGCAACGUGCAGUCUGAGCUUCUAUUCCGAAAGGACAAAUCAAGAUUCACCUGGGUUCCCUGGAUCAAGAUGCGUGAGAUCAAGAGCUUCAAAUUUGUUCCAAAUAGUGCCACUCACAAUUCUUUCGCGAUCGAGAGGGAGCCGUCUCGGACGGGCGUCCCAAGAAUCACUAUCACGAAUCAAGAAGACACGAUAAUCGAGCAACUAAACAACGGCGUGCGUGCCUUGAUGCUCGACACGUACGAUUAUGAAGGAGAAGUAUGGCUUUGCCAUUCCUUCGGAGGCAAAUGCCACGAUUAUAUAGCUUUUGUACCUGCAAUCGAAACUUUAAAGGAAAUCGAGAAAUUCAUGAGGGCAAAUCCGUCAGAAAUCGUGACCUUAUUCUUGCAAGACUAUGUGGAGACAUCAAAACAAAGUGUUCAUAAAAUCGGGGCUCAUGAAGUAUUGGUUCCUGAUGUCGAAAAUGCCGCGGAACGGUCUAAUUGGCCGUCCGCACGAGAAAUGGCUUCAAAAAACCAAAGAUUGAUCGUCUUCACAUCCUCACAAUCCAAGGAAAAGAGCGAAGGAAUCGCCUACCAAUGGAACUAUGUGGUCGAGAACCUAUAUGGAGAUGAUGGGACGAUACCAAGAAUUUGUGUCAACCGGCAAGAAUCAUCCGAUCUCAAAGACAAAACUAAACAUUUGUUACUUGUGAACUAUUUCAAGCCAAUCCCUAGCAAAAAACUUGUGUGUGUUCAAAACUCGGAGGACCUCAUUACCAUGCUAAAAACGUGUCACAGUGCCGCCGGCCAAAGGUGGCCUAAUUUUGUGGCCGUUGAUUUUUACAAG